AGCUUUAAUAUUCAUUUUAUUUGAUAUUAUCUAGAUUUUCUUCACGCUCUUAAAAUAAAAUGAAUUGCAAGUUUGAUAAUCGAGAAACUGCAUGGUAUUCAUGGGAUGAAUGGAUGGAAGUUGGUACUUUAUUGUACUGUUUUUCUGAUAUUCAAUCACAAAUGAAAGGAAUCAAUAUGGUUAAUGUAUGGAAGAGUCGAGUACGUAAUGGCACUUUACCGAUUUCUGUUGAGUUAACUGCUAGUUUAGUAGCAUCUUAUAUAGGUACCAAUGAGGAGAAUGUUACAGAAGAUCAACAGAGAUUAAGCAUGUCAAUGGCUAUUGUUCGUUUUGUUAAUGGAGUAACGGAUCAAUUGCAAACAGGUGUUUAUGCACAGUCUGUGCAAGUUAUUGCAGAUCAAAUUAAAAUACCUGAUUGGAUAGUUGAUUUGCGACAUGAAGCAACCCAUUCACAUUUGCCAAGUACUGAUAUUCUAAAAUCUAGUGUGAUGUUUGCUUUAACUUGGUUAAGUGAGAACUAUUGGAAGGAAACUCUUUCAAAACUAAAAAAAAAAGAGGAAUUUGUUGAUAAGAAACUAUGUGAAUACUCAGAUUUUGUUUCUUUAUUUUUAAAGACUAAUUCAAUGAAAAGUUUUAAAAAGAAAAAAAAUAAGAAGCUCUGCAAAUACACUGCUAAAUGUGUUAAAAAGUCUUUUGAAUUUGUGAAAUUAGUUCAUUCUGGAAAUUUGAAAGUUAUAAUAAAACAUGUAUUUAAGAAAAUUUUGAUUUCUACAAGUUAUUUUCAACUUCCAAUAACAUCUCUAAAUGAAGAAUGGUCUAAAGAAUGUUUUAAAUCUAUUAAUAUAUUAAUUAUACUUUGGAAACCAUUAUUGUCAUAUUUGAGUUUGUUUCCAGAAUUUCAAGAGCUAAUCUUUUUAGAAGUAAUCAACAGUUCUAAAAAUAUGGAGCUUAGUAUUUUUGUAAUUUUGUUUGUUCUUUAUAAAUUAAAGUUUUAUUCUUCAAAAGUAAUAGGUUUUCUAAUGAAUCAUCCAUCAAAAUUAAGCUUUUCUCUUCUGAGGUGUUAUGUACGCGACAGAGAAUUUCCACAAAAAGAAGUUGUUAUGAAAGUAUUACACUUAUUUGAGUCAACUCAAAAUUUUUUAUCAAAAUCGCAAAAUGUUGAUGUUCAGUCUCUAAUAAGUAUUCCUCAAAAAGAAAUUGUUAGUAAGCUUAAAAAAGAAUUAGAUAUAGAAGAAGAAAGUACACACUUUCAGAGUUGGACUUUAGCAACACAGACUAGCUUGAAAAAUUUGCCACCAGUAGGAGAGUUUAAACAAGAAUAUAAUAUUGAUAUUUUAAAUGUUUUUCACAAAACGUUUGAAAACACUGAUAAUAAUUUACUAAGCAAUGAAAGUUUUAUUCAAACAGAAAGCAGUUUUAAAGCAAAAUUUGAUGAGGACUUUGUUUCAGAUAUAGAUUGUCAGUACUCUUUUUCUGAUAGUUCUAAAAAUAGCCAACUAAGUUCAGAUAUAGAUUUUACUAUCUUCAAAGAUAGUGAUGUGAAAGAGCAUGAUAUAACCUCUAAACCAAUACUACAUUUGACAUCUGCAGAUAUAUUUAUAUUUUAGUUUGAUUUUAGUGUAUUUUUUAAUUAUCAUUAUAAAAUCCAAUAAUAUUUUGUAAUACAUGUUUUUGUAAUACAUGUUGUUAUAGCCACUUA